GGUCCAGAUGUGGCAGUGGGGGCUCCGCUGGGGGCCGAGGAUCGCCGGGGUUUGGUGUACAUCUACAGUGGGAGGGGGGCUGGGCUGCACCCCCACCCUGCCCAGGUGCUGAGGGGGCAGUGGGCACCCGGCCGGAACCCUGACUUCUUUGGGGCCGCCCUACGUGGGGACACCGACCUGGAUGGCAACGGAUACCCAGACCUCCUGGUGGGCGCCUUCGGGGUGGACACGGCCGUGGUGUACAGGGGUCGCCCCAUUGUCCAUGCCAGCGCUUCGCUGGCUGUUGUGCCCACCAUGUUCAACCCCGAAGAGCGAGGCUGCGUCCUGGAGGGCACCGACGUCCACGUGCCAUGGUGGGUGACAGUGGGUGGCACUGGGAGGGGCUUGGGGACACCCAGGGGACAGUGGGGAUGCCCAGGAGACAGUGGGGUGGGGGGU